CAGCACACAGCACACACACACACACACUCUCACACACAGCCCCAGUCUGGGCACUGGGGACCCUCAGCACCGCAGGAGAAGCAUUCUGAUGGUCUGUCUGCUCCCUGGAUAAGGAGAGGAGUGGAGAGAGAGAGAGAGAGAGAGUGAGAGUGAGAGGGGAGGGGAGAGGAGAGGAAGGAGAGAGCUACGUUGGAAGUGAUUCAGCAAAGCCAUCCCCCUGUGUGGCUGAGAGAGGAAAGUGAGGCGCUGCGGUUUACAGUCAGUGCUGCGUUGGUGCCUUUCAGGACCGUGGACAGAGCGCAGAGCAACAUGGCCCCAGUGGUGGUUGGAGGAUCCACCUUCGAUGAGAUGCCUGCUGUGAUAGGAAUAUUCAGUGCUUUUGGCCUGGUAUUUACCCUGUCCAUGUUCGCAUGGAUCUGUUGUCAACGCAAGUCCUCAAAGACCAACAAGACACCUCCCUAUAAAUUCGUGCACAUGCUGAAGGGAGUGGACAUCUACCCCGAGAAUCUGAACAGCAAAAAGAAAUUCGGGGGCGAUGAGAAAACGGAGCUGCAGGGGAAAGAGGGCUCGGCGAGAGUAGGAGUGCCAAAGCCAAAGCCAAAGGGCAAUCUGCACUUGGACCUAGAGAGCCGCGACCAGAACGGCAACUUCACCAAAACCACCCCCAAAGUGCGGAGCUCCCCCGAGAUAGAGACUGUCCUCCCCAAGGGAGUGUGUCAGGGCGAGAAAAACAGCGCGUUCCUCAAUGCUUCCCCUUCAGACAAGCUGACUGCAGAGCCAAGCACUGAGCCCAGGCUUGGCUCCCUCAUCUUCUCCCUGAAGUACAACUUUGACAAGAAAGCGCUGCUGGUCAACAUCAUUGAGGCACUGGGUCUCCCCGCCAUGGACGAGCAGUCACUGACAUCCGACCCCUAUAUUAAAAUGUCCAUCCUUCCUGACAAAAAGCAUCGAGUCAAAACCAGGGUCCUCAGGAAGACCCUGGACCCUGCUUUCGACGAAACCUUCACCUUUUAUGGCAUCCCCUACAGCCAGGUGCAAAAUCUCUCCCUGCAUUUCCUGGUGCUGAGUUUCGAUCGCUUUUCAAGGGAUGAUAUCAUCGGGGAGGUGAUGGUGCCCAUGUCCGGGAUCAACCUGUCGGAGGGUAAAGUGCUUAUGAACAGGGAUAUCAGCAAAAGAAACUGCCGGAAAUCGUUGGGACGCGGAGAAUUAUUAGUGUCUCUUUGCUACCAAUCCACCACCAAUACUCUGACUGUUGUUGUGUUAAAAGCUCGUCACCUGCCGAAGAACGAUGUGUCUGGCUUAUCAGCUGCAGAUCCUUACGUCAAAGUGAACCUAUACCACGACAAAAAGCGAAUAUCCAAGAAAAAGACCCAUGUGAAGAAGUGCACCUUGAAUCCCGUGUUCAACGAGCUGUUUGUCUUUGACAUUCCAUGUGAGGGGAUUGAAAACAUCAGCGUUGAGUUUCUGGUCAUUGAUUUCGACCGGAUGACCAAGAAUGAGAUCAUUGGGCGCUUGGUACUGGGAGCAUCGACUGAAGGAACAGUAGGAGAGCACUGGAGAGAGAUCUGUGAGCACCCGAGGCGACAGAUUGCCAAAUGGCAUUGUUUGAGCGAUGGUUAGCAGCCAAACCAAGGGUUGGACUUUAUCGUUUGAUAGGCAAGGAACAAGCUGUGCAUUAACCAACCCAAAGCCUUUCUGAAGAAUUUUCAAUUUAUACUAAGUAAUCUUACUUUGUACAUCUGAUUGUGGUAUAUAUUGUGAUCUGUACUGUAUAAGAUGAAGUGACGUUGUUCUCUUGUCUGCUAACGAUUUAAAAAAAAAGUCAAAGUGGCUCAUGGGAAGGAGUAGGCAAAAAUACAUCAUUAAAAUCCAUGUCUGCAUUUUGUGUGGCUGUUCUAGUGUGGGGAAAAUAAGUGUAAAGGGGAUUAAACUUGCAAGUGUAAAUGUAAAGGUUUGCAUUAAAAGAUUUUACAAUGCCAACCUGGAAAUACUUUUCAGACCUAGAAUUGAAAAGUGUUUAACAUUAGAUCAUUCUGACUGUCGUAGCUCAGGAAGCUGCAAAAAUCUAUGGCCGAUUUUUACCUUGGAGGUAUGUUUCAAAGUUAUUCACAUAAGGUAGUGCACAGUAAAAAUCACACCUGAGCAAAUAGUCAGUAUUAUAUAAUACAUCAAUUUUGAAAUUAGUUCAACCUCCUGUAGUUUGCGGCUUUUCAAGAACAUUUGCACAUUUUUGAAAGAUUUAUGGAUUUAUAUGGUAUUGUAUGGACAUGGCACAUCUGACUUCUUAUGUCUAGCAAGUGUCAUUAGGAAUUAUUUGCAAGAUAUGGGAUCCAAAUUGUUCGGUUGAGGAAUUCUUCACUGCUAUGACUUGAUUAUAUCACAGUAGAAACAGGAGAGUGAAGGAGGCUCUUCAACAAAUGCGAUUUGCAAAGAAAAACACAACUACAAACCUGCUAAGCCUGUUGGUAGAACACAUUCAACUUGAAAACAUUCUUUAUAUAAACUUCAACUUUAUAUAUAUAUCCCUUGGCCAAUUGUGCGUAUAUUAAUGUCAAAUAAAUAGAGGGUAUUCAUUGAAGAGUUGCAGGAUAAGAUUUGCAUAGCAGGAGUGGACUUAUUGAUGUGUCAAGGUUUAAUAAAGUUGCAAGAAUGUUAUCGCCCCUUUAUCUUUAGUGAAAUGUUGCCAUAACCCAUUGGGUCUCAUCAUAUGCUUUGGUUAUGUUUCACUAAUAAACAAAUCCAAUGGAUAACAGGAAAGUAAUAAGAUGAGAGAAGUUAGGUGUGACGUUUAAAUGGGAGCUGUACUGAUGCAUGAGUGGUUUCAAUGACAUUGUGAUUUUUCCAUAGUGGUACCUGUUUACAAUUGUGAUAUCAACUGCAUGAGAUGUGAAAAAUUGUAUCUUGGAGAUUGUGUCAUUAUGUGUGGUAUUAGGGGUAGGGUGAAUCUGGUUUAGAAGUGUGGGGAGGGGAGUUUGUGGGUCUAUAUAAUGACUUGGUAUAUUUUGCCUACUCUAUCUACAUAGCUUCAGCUUCAAAAGUAUGAUAAUUGCCAAUACUAUGAGUUUAUUUCACUCCAUAUAGAAGCCACAUUAUACAAUCAUCUAGCUUAUGUAAACCAUGCUGUAAAUGCACUGCGAACCAUGCAUUUAUUAUGCAUGUUUGCUUUAAGCUAGAUCUCAGUGACAGGUGUAGGAACGCUUGUAAUAUAUUUAAUGAUUAAAACUGCUAUUGAUCCAACCUCAGAAACAGAAUGCAACAUUAAAGCCUUUAGUCACUACGAAACAAACCAGACACAAUGCAAAAGUGAUUAUAGCUUUGAGAAUGAUAUUUUAUCUUGAAUGUCAGUGUAUUUAGUCAAUUGGAUUUUUUUUGUCACUGAUCCUCAUAGUUCCAGUAAAAAAAUCAUUGCUUAAAACAUUAAUGAGCACUCACUGCCCUUCAUUGAUCCAAUCACUUGGUAUCCUAAUGGAUCAUAUUUCAAGUUGCCAUAUGUGUUUGUUGUAGAUGGUUCCAGUUAGAUUUUAAGAUUGAUAUUUAUGGGUUUUCUUGUUCCAAAAGGAAAAGGGCUGCAAUAUACUUUUAAGCUGCUUUUUAUGGGCACUCAUACUGCCAGAGACAACUUUUCUGAUCUUCUGAUGGACAGAUCAAACUAUGCUCACAUUCAGGAAUAGGACUAAGUUGUGAAAGGUUGUCCUGUGAGGUUAAAUUGUCUGGGUUUUAGCAGGGGGCAAAUUUUAGAUAAAAUAUUAUACUCUUGUAUGAUAGACGUUAGUGCCAGUGGGUUUGAAAUAGUUAAAGUGGACAGUUUAGCACAGAUGAACUAGCAAGACUGAGGAGAAAUUUGAGUUCUGGUGUUUUCUGGGUCAAUGCAUAAAUAACUAAUGUUACCAUAAUCCAGCUACUUGGAACUGUUUGAUGAAAUGUUGAAAAUCUAAUGCUAGCACGCAAAUUUCAUUACUAUGCAGGAUAGGAUUUUUAGAGUCUAUGAGUUGCUAUGAACAAAAAAACAGGUCUACCAGAAGGCAAAUUAAUAAUCAUGGAUUUGUUAGUGAUUGGAUAGCUGAAAGGCUGAAAGGAAUACUAAUACUGUGUAGUUUUCCUAUUUCUUUUAAUUGAUAGUUACAUUGGAAUGUAAUCAAACCACAGUAUUAACUUUUCCUCCUUGAAACCAAGGAGGUUCUAUUUAUCAGUUGUCAAAAUUAAGGUUAAAUAGCCUUUUACUUAAAAAAGCCACAGAUCCAUCUAUAACCACAUACACGUAGGAAAGCUUUAAAUUGUGAAAGUGAUGAUUUGAUGAACAUUAGCUUUGGUAUUUAACAGCACUGUAAUCAAGAACACAGCAUAACUUUAGACACAGCAAUGGCAAUGUAUGAACAAACAGUUAAAAUAACUGUUCAGCUAUUUCACUUGAAUCUGGUAACAUGUUUAACCAACAUCAUAUUCCUUGUGUAAAUUGUAUAAAUUGCCUUUACUAUUCAAAACUGGAUGGCACAUUCCUAAUGCAGGAAUCAGAAAUAAUUGUCAACAGGAUCAAAUUUCCAUUCUCAAUCUGUUUGAAUCAUUGCAAUUUUCAUUGUAACUUUUAUAAAAUGGAUGAAAGUGAUUUUGCAUAAUUCUGAAUGUGUGUGGAUUAAAAUUUCUGCUGUGCUGCAAGUAACAUUACUCAGAAAGUCCAGCAUUAAAUGGUCACAACAGUAAUAUAUUGACAUGACACACUGUAUAAAUCUGUAAGCGUAAUAUGUUUUGUAUGUUGCAUUACGAUGUGUUUACAAUCACACAAAUAAAAGAAUGCACAUAUUUGCAUCAUGUGGUAGUAAUGUAAAUUACUGAAAGCAGUUGUAUUUAAGACCAUCUUUGUGAUAUUGAUGUAACAGUUUAGUGCACAAAUGUUUUUUUUCCUUCAACCAAAAUUUAAACAAUAUUGAGAAAGAAUUUGCCGUUCUGCUAAGUCUUGUGCCCACGUGUUUGUGUGUGUGAAACAAGAAUAAAGCACUAAAUGGAUUGAUUGAA